AUGAAGCAGAAGACCAAGAACAGGCACGCGGACCGGCUGAGCGAUCUCCCCGACGAGAUGUUACCGCACAUCCUCUCCCACCUCCCCUCCGACGAGGCCGUGCGCAGCAGCGUGCUCUCCCGCCGAUGGCGCGACGUCCACAAGGCCGUCCCCGUCGUCGACCUCGUCGACCACAAGGAAGGCCGCCGUGGGUACGAUGUCAAGGUCUGCUUCGACCAACAGGUGACGGGAGCAAUCCUCUCGAAGCCCCCCGGGACGCCCAUCCGCACCUUACGUCUCCAAGCCUUCUACCAGCCGCAGGAACUGCUCGACCAGUGGAUCAGCUCCGCUAUGUCCUCCAGCGCCGAGGAGAUCGACCUCAACCUCAGGUACUGGCACACCUCGAGAAAGAGCAUCUGCCCCUUCGCCUCGUCCCCGGGGGACUUUGAUAAAUACUACAAGGAUGCCUAUGUCAAGACCCACCACCAGCUCUUUCGUUGCCCCACGCUUCGCCGCCUGCGCCUUACCAACUGGAAGCUCGACCUACCGCUGGGGAAGGUCACCUCUUCACUGGAAACUCUCUGCCUCGCGAGGAUCAUGGACCCAAACGGGGUGCUGCAGCAGCUGAUCUCCAGCUGCCCACGUCUAGCUGACCUAACGCUGCAGGAGUGCCCGAGUCUCACCCAAAUAACCGUGACCAGCCCCCACUUGCAGAGCUUUGCCAUAAUCUGCUGCCACCAAGCCCAGCGAGUGCAGCUGGAUAGCCAUUGCCUCAAGUCUCUGCACUACAAAGGUGGCAUUCCUCAAAACUCAAUCUUCAAGCUUGCAAACUACACAGGAGUCGUGGCCCUCACGAUUGAAAUCUGUGAAGACCUCUCCGGAAAAGAACAAAAAGAAGUUGCUCCGGUCACUACACUCAUCAGCCAGUGCACCGACCUGACAUACCUUCAUCUUUCCUUGCGCCCUUCAAUGGCCUUUAACAGCUUGUUCAGAGGUGAUGUGCGACGCCUAUCGCGCCUUACGCAGUUGGGCCUCCAGGGUUGCUUGCGCAACGAGGAUGACGUCCGGUCAGUUGUUGUCUUCCUUUGUGACACUCAGAACCUUGAAGUACUGUCGCUGUUUCCUCUCGGUCCACAGGUUCCAAAGAAGACGCAGUAUUUAUCAGAUAGCGAAUCAGAUGAUGAGCUAAUUCAGGACGACGGUAUCGACUAUAGUAGCCGGGUGACUCGUAGUUUCUGGCCAAUGCAUAUCAGAUGCUUGGAUGAUAAGCUGAGAAGGAUCAACAUUGGAAAGUACAGAGGACUGCAGCUCCAAAAGAUACUUGCAAGGUUUCUGCUUUCGAGGACUGCAUCUUUAGAAGAAUUAUCUGUUGCCUUAACAGCUGGAUGCUCCCGGCGCGAGCAUGCAAGAGAGCUAAGAUCCUGGAAAUCCAACUGCCAUACCAGGGUAGCUGUAACUAUAUGUCAGUGA